AUGGUCAAGGCUGUCGCUGUCCUCCGUGGAGACUCCAACAUCAAGGGUACCGUCACCUUUGAACAGGCUGACGAGAACUCCCCUACCACCAUCUCAUGGAACAUCACCGGCCACGACGCCAACGCUGAGCGUGGCAUCCACGUUCACCAGUUCGGUGACAACACCAACGGCUGCACAUCUGCCGGUCCUCACUUCAACCCCUUCGGAAAGACCCACGGUGCUCCCACCGAUGACGAACGCCAUGUCGGUGACUUGGGUAACUUCAAGACCGAUGCUCAGGGCAAUGCUGUCGGCUUCGUCGAGGACAAGCUCAUCAAGUUGAUCGGUGCUGAGAGCGUUCUCGGACGUACUAUCGUCGUCCACGCCGGUACUGACGACCUCGGCCGUGGUGGCAACGAGGAGUCCAAGAAGACUGGCAACGCUGGUCCUCGUCCUGCUUGCGGUGUCAUUGGUAUCUCUGCUUAG